UCCGCUACGUCACCGCUCUCUCCAGCCUACCGGUCAGGUGGAGCGACUGAUCAGCCAGAACAAAGCCGGGUCGCGGUCGCGUUCGUCUCUCCAAGGAGCCCGCGUUAGUGCAGCCCCGCGAACUCCACCAUGAGCAACAAAACGACACCUCUCCUCGUCAGGGCGCUGCUGGAGAUGUCCGAGGCCCACUCUUCAAAAGUCGUGCGAGGGAACGCCAAACGAGCGAAUUUCAGACACUUGGGCUCCUGCGGGGCCCUGGCAGCGAGGAGGGCCAGCCUGCCUCUCUGCCCCGCCAACGCCGUCAGCACACCCAGCCGCAGCUUCAUCAGCCUGGCUGUUCCCGUCAGCGCCCGCAGGACGGAGUACACCGAGUGCCGGACGUCAAGGUAUACUCCAGAGCAGAUGUACAAUGUGGUGGCCAGUGUAGACCAGUACCAGCACUUUGUCCCCUGGUGCAAGAAGUCUCGGGUCAUGAGGGGGCGCAAUGGUGUCGUCCGGGCGGAGCUCGAAAUAGGUUUUCCCCCCAUUGUGGAGCGCUACACCUCUGAGGUCACGGUCGUCCCAAACCACCAAGUCAGAGCUGUGUGCACUGAUGGAUCCCUCUUCAGCCAUCUUGAAACGAUAUGGAAGUUUGCCCCUGGAGCCAAAGACCUACCAGACUCCUGCAAAGUGGAUUUCUAUGUGUCAUUUGAGUUCAAGUCUCUUCUGCACUCUCAGCUGGCCAACGUGUUCUUUGACGAAGUGGUUAAGCAGAUGGUCAGUGCCUUCGAGUCACGGGCAGCAAUGCUUUACAGGAACCAGCAGGAGGUGUCAUUGAGGAGGCGAUCCGCAUGAGGCUAACCCCCCCCAAUUGAUCUUCCCUCCAUCCAUAUCCACUUGGACCUCUAACCAAACCCUGCCAGCCUGCCGCUCUUAUCUACUAUCAACACUUGUCUUACACGGGAGACUGGAUCUUCUUCUUGCACUCACUCAUAUCUUCUUUUUGAGUUGACAUGCACAUGAAAUAUACUUAAAACUAUUUAUUUAUAAGACACAAGCUAAUUUAUUUACUUUCUUGUACAUACAUGUAUAUUUAUUUUACAGAUUUCAAGCAUUGUUUCAAAUCAUAAUUUCGAACACAUGUUUUCUUUGUAAAAUUGUGGGAAUACCGUACAAGCCAAGUGAAUCCUGCUCAGUGCUGAAACAUCUGAAAGGGUUAAGAGCUUUUUCUUGUCCAGAAUUUUGUCUGUCGGUGGAAUUAAAAAGCUCUUGUAUUUUGGUAAA